CUCGGGGCUUUGUGCAGGAGUUUCCCCGUGACAAACCAGCUGUGGACCGAAGAGCGCUAGCAGACAGAGAAGAGAGAGCAGCGGCGCUCCGGCAGAGCUGCGGCUGUCGCAUCCUGUGAUACCAAACCCGGGCAGAGGGCACGUCUUUGUCUGGGAGCACAUCCAACAACCGACAGGAGAGCAGCGCGCGGCGAUGAUCGUGGGUUCCGUGGUUUUAUUCUAACCUCGGAGAUUACGGUCUUUGACGCUGAGGCAGCAUCAUCCGGUCACGGUGUUUACAUCGGAACCUUGACCACAGUGGAAGUUAUCUGGGAGACUUGUGGGGACGCGCCGCAGAGCGCGUAACGGGGCUUUCUGUUUGUGCAGCUCGGAGCGGAUGGCUCCGAUAGAGAUCGCGUGUACAGUGUUUUUAAGGUCGAAACUGUUUCCAUCAAAGUUUCAUCUCUUUGUCCCGUCCCGCAGCCUCCUCCACACCGCUCGGCAUGUCCUCAUAGUGCGUAAUUAUUGUUUACCCGAGCCCUUUCCUCUGGCGUCACAGGUAGGCUACCCCAGCCUGUAUCCACACCGCCGCUGAUGCCAACACGUCACCUCAUAGCGUAAGGUGACAGUUUCAUUUUCUGAUCCGGGGCUGCAGCCUCUCUCACACACACACUCCGCGUCCAUCAUGGAUGAUGUUGGAGGGAUGCAGCUAUGCACCCGGAGCAAGUCGUCCAAAAGGAGCGCACGGGACGUCUUGAAAACAUACCUGGGAGUAUUUGUGAUGCUUCAUCUCGUGCUCCACACGGAAGCCUCCUCGGUGUCCAAGUCCUGCGAUAAGAGCUGCUUUUCAGGGAAGUGCAUGAACGGGACCUGCGUGUGUGACCACGGAUGGGUCGGGGAUCAGUGCCAGCACUGCCAGGGAAGAUUCAAGUUAACAGACCUGACAGGCUCCCUCACAGAUGGACCAGUGAACUAUAAGUACAAGACCAAAUGCACUUGGCUAAUAGAAGGAUACCCUAAUGCAGUACUCAGGCUGCGCUUCAAUCACUUUGCCACGGAGUGCAGCUGGGACCACAUGUACGUCUAUGAUGGAGACUCCAUUUAUGCUCCUUUGAUUGCUGUCUUCAGUGGUCUGGUAGUGCCAGAGACCAGAGGUAAUGAGACGGUCCCAGAGGUGGUGACGACGUCCGGAUACGCCCUGCUUCACUUCUUCAGCGAUGCUGCGUACAACCUGACCGGGUUCAGCAUCGCCUACUCAAUAAACUCUUGUCCCAACAACUGUUCGGGCCACGGCAGAUGCAGCACGACGAACUCCGUCUCGGGUCGGGUCUACUGCGAGUGUGAGGAGUACUGGAAAGGAGACGCCUGCGACAUCCCAUACUGCAGGGAUAACUGUGGCAGCCCGGGCCACGGCUACUGUGACCUGACUGGAGAGAAGCUCUGCGUCUGCAACGACAGCUGGCAAGGUCCAGACUGCUCUCUGUCCGUCCCCUCCACUGAGGCCUUCUGGGUGCUGCCGAGCGUCAAACCGUCGGCUCAGUCUCUGGGUCGGGCGUCCCAUCAAGCUCUGGUGCACUCUGGGCUGAUGUGGGUGGUGGGAGGUUACUCCUUCAACUACUCCAACUACCACAUGGUCCUCAACUACAACCUAGAGAGCAGUACGUGGGAUGUGGUGCCCGUCAGCAGUGGUCCUCUCUACAGAUACGGUCACUCUCUGGCUCUGUACCAGGACGACCUCUACAUGUUUGGCGGGAAGCUGGAGGCAAAAUCCGUGAACGUGACUGAUGAGCUGUGGGUGUUCAACAUCCCCAGGCGCACCUGGUCGCCACGCAAACCAGCCCCGCCUCCUCCCUACGCCCUGGAGGGGCACACCGCUCACGUGGUGGAGCUGGCCGACGGUGAGCCGGUGAUGCUGAUCUUCUUUGGCUACUCGCCAAUCUACAGCUACAUCAACAAAGUCCAGGAGUACAACAUCAGGACGAACUCGUGGCAGGUCGUGUCUGCUGAGGGCGCCGUGGUCCAGGGAGGUUACGGCCACAGCAGUGUGUAUGACGAGGCCAGCGGCUGCGUGUUCGUCCACGGUGGAUACAAGGCACUGAGCAACAACAAAUACGGCCUGGUGGACCACAUGUACCGAUACCACGUCCACACAAGAACAUGGUUGAUCCUCGGGGAGAGCGGUAUAGCGCGGUACCUCCACUCUGCAGUGCUCCUGAGCGGCACAGUGCUGGUGUUUGGGGGUAACACUCACAAUGACACAUCGCUAAGCAACGGGGCCAAGUGCUUCUCUGCUGACUUCCUGGCGUACGAUAUCGCAUGUGACGAGUGGACCGUCCUCCCCAGACCAGGCCUGCACCGGGACACCAACCGCUUUGGACAUUCUGCCAUAGUUAGCAAUGGCUCCAUGUACAUCUUUGGAGGUUUCUCGGGCCUCCUUCUGAACGACGUGUUGGCCUACACCCCUCCGUCCUGCCAGGCCUUUUCUACCCCAGCUACCUGUGCUGCUGCUGGACCAGGCGUUCGCUGCCAUUGGAUCAAAAAUGGAUGUGUCCCCUGGGAGCCGAAAGCAGCCGAGAACAUUUUUCCUGCUCCUUUUUGCCCUGCACGACCUGACAGUACAGACGAGCAGUGUUUCCGGUUCUCAGACUGUGCGAGCUGCACCGCCAACACACGGGGCUGCCAGUGGUGCGAGGACAGGAAGUGUAUAUCUGCAUCCAGUAACUGUACUGUGCUGACUCUGGAGCUGGCCCAGCAGCAUGGCGGCGCUCUGUCUCUGUCUCGCCCACCGACCAUGUUGUCUGAACAUCAGCUGAGCUUGUGGAAGCAUGGAGCCAGAAGGAGGGGACAUUCGGUGAGAGACUCGUCCAGCUGUAAGCGCCGGGAGGAGCAGGAGUGUUUCAGACUGGCCAACUGCAGGAGCUGCUCCCUCAACGCCAACUGUCAGUGGGAGCUGCAGCAGCAGGAGUGUCAAGCGCUUCCUGGCCAGCUGUGCGGGGAGGGCUGGCACCAUGUCGGGGAUGCCUGCCUGAGGAUCAACUCCAGCAGUGAGAGCUAUGAUAACGCUCAGCACUACUGCAAAAACCUGGGAGGAAAUAUUGCUUCUUUGCUCACAGACAAACAAGUCAAUUUUGUUCUGGAAGAGCUACAAAAAUACCAGCUGCAAGACAAGACGUUAUCUCCCUGGGUCGGCCUGAGGAAGAUCAACGUGUCAUACUGGGGCUGGGAGGACGCGUCACCCUUCACCAACACCAGCCUGCGAUGGUUACCUGGAGAGCCCAGUGACUCAGGCUUCUGUGCCUACCUGGAGCGGACACAGGUGGCCGGUCUGAAAGCCAACCCGUGCACGGCCACCACCGACGGCCUGAUCUGUGAAAAACCUGCUGGGAGUCCACAGAGUCAGAGUGCUCGUCCCUGCAGGACGCCCUGCUCUCUGCGCACCAGCUGUGCCAACUGCACCAGCCAGGCUAUGGAGUGCAUGUGGUGCAGCAGCACCCAGCGCUGCGUCGACUCCUCGGCCUACGUCAUCUCCUUCCCCUACGGACAGUGUCUGGAGUGGCAGACCCAGGACUGUGCAGCCCAGAACUGUUCAGGUCUGAGGACAUGUGCUGAGUGUUUGGAGAGGACGGAGUGCGGUUGGUGUGGUGAUCCCAGUAACACCGGCAGGGGGGUUUGCAUGGAGGGGUCCUAUCGAGGCCCUCUGAAGCCUGCUGGCACCAGGGCUGGGCCCCGAGACCGAGACAGGCUACGAGACAGGGACAUGGUGCUGGAUCAGGGUCUCUGUUUAUCUGACAGAGGAUACAACUGGGCCUUCAUCGAAUGUCCUGCAUGUCAGUGUAAUGGCCACAGCAGGUGUGUGAACGGCAGCGUGUGCGAGCACUGUGGAAACCUGACAGCAGGGUUGCACUGCCAGAGCUGCAUGCCUGGUUACUAUGGCGACCCGACCAACGGAGGGAAGUGCAAUGCGUGCAAAUGUAACAGCCACGCCAACGUGUGCCACGUCAACACAGGGAAGUGCUUCUGUACCACUAAGGGCAUCAAGGGAGACCAGUGUCAGCUAUGUGACUCGGAGAACCGUUACCUUGGCAACCCUCUCAGAGGAACAUGUUAUUACAACCUGUUGAUCGAUUACCAGUUUACCUUCAGUUUGCUUCAGGAAGACGACCGCCACUACACCAGCAUCAACUUCAUGGCCACACCUGAACAGGCCAACAAGAACCUCGACAUGUCCAUCAAAGCCUCGAACAACUUCAACCUCAACAUCACAUGGUCUCUGAGCUCAACAGCCGGCACCAUCUCAGGUGAGGAGAUGCCCAUCAUAGCGAGGACCAACAUCAAGGAGCACCGGGACAGUUUCUCGUGUGAGAAGUUCAACUUCAGACUUCACCACAACAUCACCUUUUACGUCUACGUGUCCAACUUCAGCUGGCCGAUCAAGAUCCAGAUUGCCUUCUCUCAGCAUAACAGCAUCAUGGACCUGGUGCAGUUCUUCGUCACCUUCUUCAGCUGUUUCCUGUCUCUGCUGCUGGUCGCCGCCGUGGUUUGGAAAGUCAAACAGACCUGCUGGGCGUCACGACGCAGAGAGCAGCUGAUGAGAGAGCGACAGCAGAUGGCCAGUCGUCCCUUUGCUUCGGUUGCUGUGGCACUGGAGGUGGGCGGCGACCAAGAGGAGCUGCUACAGGCAGUGCCGAAGCCCAUAGCCAUGGAGCCAUGUUGGGGGAGCCGAGCAGGUGUUCUGACGGUGCUGAUGUAUCUGCCCAGAGUCCCGUCUGGAAUCCCUCCACCAGGACAGUCUGGUAUUGCUAUAGCCAGCGCUCUGGUAGACACUUCACAACAGCGAGUGAUGGACUUCAAAGAAAGAGGCCUGGGUCUGAAGCACCGCAAGCACAUUGUGCACCACCAAGGGACCUGUGUAUGAACUGGAUUACCUCAGCAAGGUAACAAGAUAUCCAUCGUGCCCCCAAGGGAUUUCCCUGGAGAUAAUUCUCACGGACUUAAGACAAAGGGACACCUUGUAAACAAAGGCAAAGCCCACAAAAACUGGGGGUAUGAUGGUCAUAGAUAGUGGCUUGGGAGAGGAAAUGUGUCCACUGUCUUAUCAGCAGGCACCCAAAUUGCGAAAAAUGGCACCUGUGAUCCCUUUCUCCCCUGGAUAAGAUGGAAAACUUCUCUCUUUGUGUAUAUGUCGGUCCUGACGACCCAGGAAAACAAGACCUGGAAACCUGCAGACUGACAGUGAAAAUGUGUUUCUCCACCACAGCUCUGGUCGGGCAUUUACUUUGAGUGCUGGCAGGCUUUUUCCACUUCCAUGCCAUGUGGCUCUGCAUCUCCAGGGCUCCACUUGUCUGUCAUGCAGUCUGCCAUAUUGACAGAGAAAAAACACUUGUUUUACACCAUUAAACCACACUAAAUGGCUUUGAGCUCCUGUGAAAGAUAUUGAGCUGAAACUAACUGAGCUGAAAUGAAGUCCUCCUGACUUACAAACCCACUCAGACUCGAGAGCAAUGCUGGACAGAACAACACGGACCUAACUAGAUCAAUGCAAAACACUGUAGCGGGUGGUCAUCUGUGACAAGGAUUUGCUUGAGGAGAACGUCUCCUCUGGGAAUUUUUAAGACUACUACUGUUGAUGUUGAAGAAAGAAGAUUAUUGGAUGUAACUGUUGAGAUUUUGUCCUCUAUGAAACACAUGUAAUUCUUGAUUUUCCCUGCACCAACAUUUGAAGUUAUUCGUUUUGAUAUCUGCUCAGGUCCUCUGUAAUGGAAAAGGGUCCAUUAUGUGUAGCUUUGGGCCUUAUACACAUCUGUAUAUGCACUACAAGUAAAAUGCUUUACCAGUACAUUAGGACCCUCUGUGGGAUAAUAUUAUGCAACUGAUCAUCCAAAUGUAAUGUUUAUUCUGGGCUGUAAUGUAACCUCGAGGUCGGUAUCAUCAAACACAUACUACUGAUGGUAUACACACGCCUAUUAAUUCAGUUAUAACUGUGAAGAUACACUAUACAUCUUUUCUCAUGACCUCAGUAAAGUCCAUGCCUGUUUACUUGUGACACAAACUUUUAUGUAACAUAUCUCCUUAUGUAAUAUUUAUUAAUUAUGCAAAUUACAGUCAAUAAUUUUACAAAUGCACUAAGAUUUUUUUUGUUAAACAGAAAAACUAAACGAUAGAUUUUACAAAGCAAGUCUGUGCAGUAUUCCCUUUUUUGCUUGUACCCUUGAUGUCUUUCAAUUUUCCAAAUAUUACUUAUGUUAUGCAUAUCAUAGCAAGUUUUCUCUGAUGUCAAAGUUUUUCCCUUUACGACUUGUGUUGAAACCUUCAUCAAAUAUUGUAAAGUCACUUUUUAUCAACUGCACGUGAACAGAGUUACACCACCGCUUAAUCGUCUCCUGCCGCAGUAAUACAAUACAACACAUUCUCACUCCGACCUCGUCACAUAUUGACGUUUGGACUCUCCUCGUCUAUAUAUGACGUCCA